UUCUGAGAGAAUCUCGUCUCACCCUCAAUAUUUGCAGAAACACACACAAUGCUGCAAGCCUAAAGAAGACGAAAAGGAAGGAUAAAACUGCCUGAAAAGCUACUCUAUAGUGAAGCAUGAAUUCCAAACUUGGGCUGAUUUGUGCUUGGCUUUUCCACGCAGAGCUCUGGAGGUUUACAUGCACGCAAAAUAAUAUUAACUGGGAAAUUCAACGCUAUGAUGGCUGGUAUAACAAUUUGGUUCACCAUAGCAGAGGCUCUGCAGGUUGUAGACUCCUGCGGCUUAUGCCUCCAGCAUAUUCUGAUGGGGUGUAUCAAGCAAUGAAGGAACCACAUCUUCCCAACCCAAGAAAAAUAAGCAAUGUUGCUAUGAAAGGGCCUUCGGGUCAACCAUCUCAACGAAACCGAACUGUUUUAGGAGUCUUUUUUGGAUAUCAUGUAAUGUCUGAAAUAUAUGGCAUUGAAAAGCUGGGAUGUCCAAUUGAGUAUUUAAAUAUUAAAAUACCAGCUGGAGAUGAAACUUUUGAUCCAGACAACACUGGAAAAGUUGUUAUCCCAUUCCGACGAAGUGAAUGGUGUAAACAAAGUGGGAACAGCCCCAAUAAUCCACGCUACCAAGUCAAUUCUGUAACAGCUUGGAUUGAUGGCAGUUCUAUAUAUGGUCCCUCUCAUUCUUGGAGUGAUGCUUUAAGAAGCUUCUCUGGGGGAAAAUUGGCAUCAGGCCCAGACCCAAUGUUUCCUAAAGAAGCCAGUGAUAGGAUGCUUAUGUGGAAACCUGUCUACCCUUUCAAAAGGGGAAAAGAAAACAUUGGGAUUUAUGGAUUUGGUUAUAACAGAGCCAAUGAAAACCCAUUCAUUCAAGCUGAAAGCAUUGUUUGGUUCAGAUACCAUAACUAUCUUGCUGAUGAAUUUGCUAAAAAGCACACACAGUGGUCAGAUGAAGACUUGUUUCAUCAUGCUAGAAAAUGGGUGAUUGCUACCUACCAGAAUAUUGUUUUGUAUGAAUGGUUACCCGUGUUUCUUCAAAAGCAAGUUCCUCCUUACCAGGGUUAUAAUCAACAUGUUGACUCCAGUCUUACCAAUGAAUUCCAAGUUGUUUUCCAGUAUCUAUCCUCUUUAGUACCACCAGGUAUUUACGCCAGAGAUAAAACAUGUACUUUUCAGAAUAUCACUGACUCAUCCGGUGGCAUUUGGCCAGUCUACCGUUUCUGUGACAACUACUGGAGAAGAGAGAAUCCAAAUAUAAAAACAGCAGAAGAUGUUGAUGCCAUGAUUCUUGGAAUGGCUUCCCAGAUUGCUGAAAAUGAAGAUAAUGUGGUGAUCGAAGAUUUACGAGAUUACUGGUAUGGAACUCUGAAAUAUUCUCGGACAGAUUACAUGUCCAACAGCAUUCAGAGAGGCAGAGACUUUGGGCUUUGUUGUUAUAACCGUGCAAGGGAAUAUUUUGGACUUGCACCAAUUACCGGCUGGCAGGACAUCAAUCCAAAACUUUAUCAGAUAAACAAACAGCUGUUUGAUGAUUUAGCUCUAUUAUAUGGCAAUAAAACCAGCAAACUAGAACUUCUUCCGGGGGCCAUUUUGGAGUGUUAUGGAGAUCCAGGAGAGCUUAUCACAGCCAUUACAAUGAACCAGUUCCAACGUUUGCGAGAUGGGGACCGAUUUUGGUUUGAAAACAAAAGAAAUGGAUUAUUUACUACAAAUGAAAUAGAAAAUAUUAAGAAUACUUCAUUCCAUGAUGUCAUUGUGGCAGUGACCUCUGCACAAUCUGGAGAUAUCCAGCAGAAGGUAUUCACUUGGGUUGAUGGUGAUCCAUGUCCUCAGCCAGAGCAAACAGGAUCUACAAUGCUUUCACCUUGUGUUCCACCCACUGCCAUUGAUUACUUUGAAGGAUGUGUGAUUGGAUACAGCAGUCUUAUUGUCAUUAUUUGUGCUUUUCCUUUAGUAAGCUUUUUUAUUGCCUGGGUUGUUGCUCAAUCUCGCAAAAGAAACUACAAAAAAAUUAAAAAUAAGCAAGACGUAUCCAGUAUGAAAAAGGUUUUAGCUGCUGAAGGAAUUGCAGCUCAAGAAUGGCAAGGCCCAGAUGAACAACUUUGUCCUGUUUUUUUACAACUGCAUUCACAAAAAGUUAUCAAAAUUUUGGAUAGUAGAAGCACAGUGGUGCGGCUCAUCAAUAUGCAAAACCAUGAGCAGUUAACUGUCAUUCAGUCCAAUAACCGUGGAUGCCGUACUCUGCUUGUUAAAGUGCCUAAUGAAUAUGACACUGUGCUUUACUUUUAUAAUGAGGAGGAAUGCACAAAUUUUAUCAAUCAAUUGCAAGAAAAUGGGUUUUCUAUAAAUGAGAGCAGAAUGGAUGAGGAAAGUCUACUAAAUGAAGCUGUGACAAAACUACAGAGAAGUCAGAUACUGGAAACAUUUUUCAGGCAUUCUUUUGCUCAAGUUCUUCACAUUGAUCAUUCAGGCAUUGAAACUUUCAGUGCAGGAAGCUCCUUGAAAGUGAGAGAGGCUCUAAAGUGUGAACUGAGCAGAACAGAGUUUGCAGAUUCCCUGGGACUAAAGCCUCAUUCCUUGUUUGUAGAGUCAAUGUUCUCUCUAGCAGAUGAAGAUGGGAAUGGAUAUCUUUCAUUCAGAGAGUUUUUAAAUAUAUUAUUAAUUUUAAUGAAAGGCUCUCCUGAGGAGAAAUCAAAACUUAUGUUCACCAUGUAUGAUAUUGACGGGAAUGGAUGUCUUUCAAAAGAGGAAUUCUUUACAAUGCUAAAAUCUUUCAUUGAAAUCUCUAACAACUGCCUCACUAAAGAUCAAGCAGAAGAAGUGAUAGAGGUUAUGUUUAAGCAGGCAGGAUUUGAAAAUAAGAAUGAGCUUACAUGGGAAGAUUUCCAUUUUCUACUGAGAGAUCAUGACAAAGAACUUCGCUUUACAAAGCUUCAGUUCAAAGGUAUGGAUGGUUCAGAGGUCUACGAUGAAAUGUGCAGGAGAGUUUCCUGUAUUGAAUCAAUGGGUGAAAAAGUUUCAUCGAAUGUUUUAGAUGAACAACGUUUAUACACAGAGGCCAAAGCGGAAAAGUACCAAAGAAGCAAAGUGCAUCAGAAAAUACAGGAGUUCAAGCGUUUUAUUGAGAAUUACCGGCGCCAUAUCGUCUGUGUGGUUAUAUUCUAUGGAAUUUCUGCAGGGUUGUUUCUAGAGAGAGCGUACUAUUACGCUUUUGAGUCGCAUCAUUCGGGCAUUGGUGAAGUAACAUUACCAGGCAUCAUUGUAUCCAGGGGAACUGCUGCAAGUAUCUCAUUUAUGUUUUCAUACAUACUGCUCACUAUGUGUCGAAAUCUCAUCACUUUUCUGAGGGAGACCUUCUUAAAUCAGUAUAUUCCUUUUGAUGCUGCAGUGGAUUUUCACAGACUUAUUGCAAAAACAGCCGUUAUAUUGACAGUUCUCCACAGUGCUGGCCAUGCAGUCAACAUUUAUAUGUUUUCCAUCACUCCUCUUAGUACCCUAUCCUGCAUAUUUCCAAAAGUUUUUAUAGAUGAUGGGUCUGAAAUUCCAUAUAAAUAUUACUGGUGGUUUUUCCAGACAAUACCAGGAUUUACUGGGGUAUUGCUGUUGGCUAUUCUAGCACUGAUGUAUGUGUUUGCUUCCCGACAUUUCCGACGCAUCAGUUUUCGAGGAUUUUGGUUGACUCAUCAUUUGUAUACAUUAAUGUAUAUUUUGAUCAUCCUCCAUAGCAGCUUUGGACUUCUUCAACUACCCAGAUUCCACAUCUAUUUGUCAGUUCCUGGUUUUAUUUUCAUUGGAGACAACUUAAUCAGCUUGAGCAGAAAGAAGAGAAAAAUAAAUGUGAUAAAAGCAGAACUGCUUCCAUCAGAUGUCACUUACCUAAAAUUCGAGCGCCCUGAUGAUUUUGAAUACAAAUCAGGACAGUGGGUUCGGAUAGCUUGUUUGGCUCUGGGGACUAAUGAAUACCACCCAUUCACAUUAACCACCGCACCACAUGAAGACUCUCUAAGCUUGCACAUAAGAGCGGCAGGACCCUGGACCACCCGCUUGCGUGAACUAUACUCUCCUCAGAGCGUUUCUGAACUCAAUGGAUAUCCAAAGAUAUACUUAGAUGGACCCUUUGGUGAAGGACACCAAGAAUGGAACAAAUAUGAGGUUUCAGUAUUAGUUGGUGGGGGUAUUGGGGUGACACCCUUUGCCUCUAUUCUUAAAGAUUUGGUAUUCAAAUCAUCAGUGAAAUCAAAGAUAACAUGUAAAAGGGUUUACUUUAUCUGGGUUACACGUACACAGCGGCAGUUUGAGUGGCUUGCAGAAAUAAUCAAGGAAGUUGAGGAAAAUGAUGAACAUAAUUUAGUGUCAGUUCACAUCUACAUCACCCAGUUUGCUGAAAAAUUCGACCUACGUACAACCAUGUUGUACAUUUGUGAAAGACACUUCCAGAAAGUUCUGAACCGCAGCCUAUUCACAGGCUUACGAUCCAUCACUCAUUUUGGAAGGCCACAGUUUGAGCUGUUCUUUACCUCUCUGCAGGAAGUUCACCCAGAGGUUAAAAAAAUUGGAGUUUUCAGUUGCGGACCUCCGGGAAUGACAAAAAAUGUUGAAAAAGCUUGCCAGAUGUUGAACAAAAGAGACCAGACCCAAUUUACUCAUCAUUUUGAAAAUUUCUAA